AUGGAGAGCAAGUUCUUUCAUCAGAGAGCCACUGUCUCAGCUGUAAUUAAUGUUCAGUGGGAUCUGGGCCUGGAUGUGUCCAAACUGCACCUCAGUGUUGCCAAUGUGUCAAGUGGUCACCAGAAUCAGAGCCAUAAUCAGGUGGUCGGCCAGGCUGUUACGGGACCCAUAAAAGAAUCAUCUGAGACCAGCUCAGGCCCAAGGCAAGCUGUAAGCAGUCAGUCCAGCGGCACAACAGCUGCACCCAGGAAAUCUGCCCUGCAGGCCCCCUCUUUGUGCCACCAUGACCCUCAGCCUCAAAGGAAUGACACAGCCUGGGAAGCCUCCUACCGGCGCUUCAGUCAGUUCCAGUAUGAAGAAGCAGCUGGGCCUCGAGAAGCCUUCUGCAAGCUCUGGGAGCUUUGCUGUCAAUGGCUGAAGCCACAGAUGCGGUCUGUGGACCAGAUCCUGGCGCUGUUUGUCAUGGAGAAAUUCCUGCAAAUUCUACCGGCAGACACAGAGGCCAGCACGCGCAUGCUCAAUGAGGCCAGAGAACGACUUUUCGCCCUGAUAGAAGACCUGCGGAACGUGGACCCAGAAAACAUGCUUUUGAUGUGGGGGCGGGGUGAUGAACAUAUGCCAGCAUACAUCAAAGUGAUGAGCCCAUUUUCUGCUUCGCUUCCAGCAUUCCAUUUCUCCAAAGAGUAUCAAUAUCUGGAACCUCCUGGUGAAGAACCCCCAGAACAGCUGCUGGCUGAAUUCAAGGUGCCUGAGGAAACCCAGAAGUCCCCAGAAAACCAGGACCAAUGGGAGAUGCCAGGGACCUCCAAGGAAGCACAGGGGUCUCUCCACCCUAGAGCCCCCCCACAGGCUCGUCCCUAUGUGAGGCCUUUCUCCCCUGAGCAGUUAGGGCUGUGUUCUGCUCACCAGCAGCAAUAUAAUAGGCGUGUGGGAAGUCGUGCAGGAAGGGUGGCGAGAGAGGGCCCCAGAAAUAGGGCAGGGCCCUCCUGUGGCUCAGACCGCUAUGGAAGCCAGUUCAUUUCCCAGGAGGAGGAUACCCAUGAGCAUGCUGUGUGUAGCAAUUCAUUUAGUCAGGCAGCAACUGUUAGCAGCCCACAGGCAGCCUAUUUUGACGAAGAAAGGCAGCAAUGUAGGCUGUGUAAGAGGGAGUUUAUGUACAAGUUGGGCCUGAAGGAACAUGUGAGAGCUCAGGUAGUUUCCAGGCCUUACCUGUGCCCCUACUGUGGGAAAUCCUUUAGAGGGCAGUCCCACGUUAUUGCACACCAAGUGAGACACACUGAAGAGAGACCAUUUGUCUGCCAAUACUGUCAGAAAAGCUAUAAGCACAAAUCCAGUCUGCUGAGACACUUGAAAAUCCACAAGAGGGAGGAUGAAGAGAAGGAAGGCCAGGGUUCUCUGAGCCCCAUGCACAACACAGACUAA